ACGCUGGAGCGGAGGAACUAGAAGUGCCGGAUACUGGAGCAGAGGAAGAAACAUUUGACACCGGAGUGGAGGAACUGAAAUCACUGGAAAUGAGAGCGGAAGAGCUAGAAGCAUCUGACGCUGGAGUAGAGAAACUAGAAACACCUGGAGUUGGAUUAGAAGAGCUAGAAUCACCAGCUUCUGUAGUGGAGGAACUAGAAGUGCCGGAUACUGAAUUUGAGAAGCUAGAAGAUCCUAGCACUGAAGCAGAGGAAGAAACAUCUGACACCGGAGAGGAGGAAGAACUAGAAGUACCUGAUUCAGAAGAGGAGGAACUAGAGGUACUUGAAACUAGAGCUGAGCUAGAAUCACCAGACGCUGGAGCGGAGGAAGAGCUAGAAGUAACCGGUACUGAAGCGGAGGAGUUUGGAGAGCCCGACACUGAAGUGGAGGAACUGGCAUUACUGGAAAUUAGAGUAGGAGAGCUAGAAGCGUCUGAUACUGGAGUAGAGAAACUAGAAACACCUGGAGUUGGAUCAGAAGAGUUAGAAUCACCAGAUGCUGAAGCGGAGGAACUAAAAUUCGAAGCACCUGACGCAGAAGAAGAAGGGUUAGAAGCAUCUGAUUCUGGAGCAGAUGAGCUCGGAGCACUCGACACUGAAGCAGAGGAGCUCGAAAAACUCGACACUGGAGCAGAGGAACUAGGAACACCUGAUAUUGGAGGAGAAGAGCUUGAUGGACCCGACACCAGAGUAGAGGAAGAACCAGAAGUACCUGAUUCAGGAAAGGAGGAGCUAGAAGCACUUGAAAUUAGAGCUGAGCUAGAAAAACCAGGCGCUGGGUCGGAGGAAGAGCUAGAAGUGACCGACACUAAGGUGGUGGAAAUAGAGGCACCGGUCACAGAAGCGGCGGAGCUAGAAUCACCUGCCAUUGAGGAAGAGGAGCUGGAAGCACUCAAAGCUAUAGAAGAGGAACUAGAAGAACCUGACACUGUAGCGGAUGAAUUAGAGGCAACCGACACUGGAGAAGAGCUAGAAGCACCAGAUUCUGAAGCAGAGGAACUUGAAGCACCUAGCGCUGGAACGGAGGAGCUGGAACCAUCUGUCAUCGAGAAAGAGGAGCUGGAAACACCCGAAACUAAAUCCGAGGAGCUAGAAGCACUCGACACCGUAGUGGACAAUAAGCUAGAAAUACUGGAUACAGAAGCGGAUGAGGAGCCAGAAGCACUCGACUCUGGAGUGAAGGAACUAGAAGAACUCGAUACUAGAGAAGGAGGGCUAGAAGCGUCUGACGCUGAAAUAGAAGAGGAUCUGGAUGAACCGGACACUGAAGUGGAAGCGCUUGGUGAUGGUAUCACAGAAGAGCUCAAAGGUGGUUUUGAGGAAGAGCUUGGUGAUGAUGAUGACGACGAGGAUGAAUAUGAUGAGAAAGUGCUUGAAGAUAUCGGUGAAGAGCUCGACAAUGAGGAAGAGCUUGACGAAGAGCUUGAAGAUGGUUUCGAGGAAGAGAUUGACGAUGGCGAUGACGACAAGGAGGAAGAGCUUGACGAAGAAGAGCUUGAAGAUGGUUUUGAGGAAAAACUCGACGAUGAUGACGAAGAGCUUGACGAUGGUAACGAUGACAAGGAGGAAGAGCUAGAUGAUGAUUUUGAAGAAGAGUUUGACAAUGAGGAAGAGCUUGACGAAGAAGAACUUGACGAAGAAGAGCUUGAAGAUG